AUGGCAAGAACAUUCACCAUCCAACAGCACUACAUUGAAGCCGACGAACAAGGUUUCUCAUUCCCAUCUGACAUACGUACCUUCAAGGACGAAGACGGCUUAAUCCGAUUCAAAUCACAUGUGAAAUCAAGUGUACUCCCAGCAGAGACACACACCCCAAUCAUGAUUCACAAAGAUCACAAAAUUGCAUUCAUGCUCGUAAGGGAAGCCCACGAAAUCAACGGACACCUCCCAGCGGGAUACCUGUUCAGUGCAUUGCGUACGAGGAACUCUAACAUUCUCACGGACCGUCCGUCGAUGCACCAUGUUGACAGUGGAUCCGAGGUCAGCCGAGACCGAUCCAACGUCCUAACCAGAGAGACUUGUUUACCUGUAAAAGACCCCCAAACCCCCCAAUGUGUCAUUUCUGAGAAGCUCGUAGUGACUCACUCUUUCUUCUUGGCUUCUUUUACCACAUACAGCAAGCUCAACACUAUUUUAAUUGAUACACAACAACUCAAUUUUGAUGGAUUGCGCCGCCAGAUGGAGGAAAUGCAGCUGCAAUUGGGCCUAUUGGAGGAAAAAAACAAAGCACUGACACAUAAAACCGGAAAACUGGAAGCCAUGAAUAAAGUCUUAAAGGAAACAUUGACCGCAGAAGCAAAAAAGAAUGCACCUACUAUUGGAACCAACAACAUUGAAGACACUCAAAUCCAAGAAUUCGUUGCCUGGGCGAAUAUAAUGCCAUCAAUUCAUCAACUUGGGACUGCUCCCGCUCAGUUUCAACUGAGAACCGGGAACAUCAACGGAAAUUUGGAGCUCAAGAUGGAAGACGACCGAAUGACGCUUCACUCUCGUAAUGAUUUGAAAGUCACUUUCAAGAUCUUCAUGACCAAGUGGGAAGUUGAAUCGAUCGAGAAGGCAAUUGAGGCUUUGAAAGAAAAACUGAAAAUCAAGGAUAUUGAGGUGAUCUAG